GAUCCGGCUGUGCGGGCCGCGCCGCGGCUGCUGGUCCCGGGCGCGCGGAGGGCGCGAGCGGCGCGGGGUCUCCGGGCCCCGGCGGCGGCCCAUGGGGCGCGAGGCGUGAGGCCGCGGCCUGCCCGGGGCUCGGGGGGUGGGGGGAGCGGGGCGGGGAGAUGGAUAAACUGACCAUCAUCUCAGGAUGUCUCUUUCUCGCCGCCGAUAUCUUCGCCAUCGCCAGCAUCGCCAACCCCGACUGGAUCAACACCGGGGAGUCCGCGGGAGCACUCACCGUGGGCCUCGUGCGACAGUGUCAGACCAUCCAUGGUCGGGACCGAACGUGCGUCCCCCCGCGGCUGCCCCCGGAGUGGGUCACCACCCUGUUUUUUAUCAUCAUGGGAAUCAUUUCACUGACUGUCACAUGUGGUUUGCUGGUGGCUUCCCACUGGCGAAGAGAAGCUACAAAAUAUGCUCGAUGGAUAGCAUUCACUGGAAUGAUCCUUUUCUGUAUGGCUGCCCUAAUAUUCCCAAUAGGAUUUUACAUCAAUGAAGUCGGAGGUCAACCUUAUAAAUUACCCAACAACACAGUAGUUGGUUCAUCAUAUGUACUUUUUGUCUUGUCAAUUUUCUUUACAAUAGUAGGACUUCUGUUUGCUGGCAAAGUUUGUUUACCAGGCUGAUGAAUGUCUAAAUUGCUUGACAUUUUAAUUAUUUUUUAUUUUAUUUAAAUUUUUUAUUUUUGGAGGGUGGGGAGGACAAAGGCAAGGCAUCUGAGUAGUCCUGGCUUAGAAAGAUGCUUAGAUGAAACUGAUGCUGAAAAGAAAAAGAAAAAAAAGCUUUGAUUUGUUCUCACUAUGCACUUUGGAUUUUUUUAAAAAGAGAGCCUUUUCCAUAACCAAAUACAGACUAUAUUGACUAACCUCCUGAGCAUAUUUUCAGGCCGUCGGGCCUGCACUGUGGUAGUCGCCCAGUGAGGGAGAAUGCUUUCUGCUGAAAAGCACGUGGCCCUUUGUGACUCUGCUGUUCCGUUUUUAACGUCUAAUGAUUCAUUUGAGGAAAAAAUCCUAAGUAUUUAUGAGACGUGGUGGACCAGAGGGAUGCAAGAGAAGUUCCUGUGGGGCUGGCCUCACCUCCUAAGAAAUUAGUGUUCACAGCUUCCUGGUAGUCGUAUGAGCCUGUGGCACCAGAGGGGAUUGCCAUUGCGUUACUGCACCAAGAAGCCAAUAGAUCAAAACUUGUUUGCUAAAAUGUAUGUAAAAAUUCUGAAAUUCCCUAUUCUCUCUGUACAAAAAAAAUAAAACACUAAGAAACAUGUUACUGGGGGUGGGUGGGGGAAAUGUUCCUUAUAUUUAUAUAAAUAUAUAUAAUAUAUAUAUUUUGCUGAUGCAGUAUACAGUGUAUAUAUGUGUGUGUGUGUGUGUGUGUGUGUGUGUGUGUGUGUGUGUGUGUGUGUAAAUUUAUACACACACAUGCAAACUGUUCCUGGAAGAGAACUCUGAAUGCUUUGCUAGCAAAACACUGUGGUGUGCAAACCUAGAACUCAAUAGAAAAAAGCCAUUUAUCUGAAGGCUGUGUAGUGGAGAGAGUCUUCAGUUUACCUCAUUCUUUGUAACAGCCCUUGAUUUUAACAGGUUUUUGUAAUAGGUACAAAUAAUCCCGUAUCUUUCUAGGUGCAAAUUUUAAGUUACGCUACAAUUCUCUGUAGGCUAAGUUAUUUCUUUGUGAUAGUAGAAGGUAAGAUCAUGUCAAACCUCGUAGUUUGGGGAAUUUGACACCAUUUAAAUUAUUGGCAACUGUUGUCUGUUGUGCAGAGGUUCUUUUUCUUCUGAUGUCAGUUCACACUAUUCUGGCUGUUUACCACACCAGGAUCACUCUGCUGUAGCAAUUAAAUGUGUUCUUUUCAUCCGUAAGCAUUCUUACUAAUACAUCUCCUUUACCAAAAACCUGAGCAGUACAGUAUCUUUUGUGUGCUGUAUGCCUUUGUUUGCUAAAAGCUACCUUCCUUGUAUUUACUUUAAAGGGCUGUAAAACCCACAGCUUUAUGUUUUUCCUAAAAGCAGCAUUGCCACUAGCCCUGAACCCACCCGUUGUUUUCAAAUACACAUUUCUCUUCUCCACGUCUCAUGCCCGUGUCCGUGCACAGUUGUUUUCCAGGUGAACACACAGGUAUCUCCUGUUGGAAAUGUGGGGCAGGGGGUCUUUCAUGACAAAGGAGCUAAGCUUUUUCUUCUUUAGAGGGAAGUGGCCAUCCGAGUUCCCUGGCCGGAGAGCCCUGUGAGUCCAGCUUCACACACACACUGCUCGUUAAAAGCCUAGGACCUAGGUCUUGGAGCAUGGUCACGUCAGAGGUGGGGCUGCCGCCUCCGGCGUUUCAAGUCUGAAGCGGAGGAAGCUGCUGUUUGCCACGCUGGCUGGCUUCGUGUUUGUGUCUCAGUGUGAGCUCAGCAGUAUUUGUUGAGGAAGAAAACCCGUGUUGCAGCUCACUCGGGGGGGUAAGAGGGGAGCCACCACUGAGGCGCAUUCCUGGAGUUAUGGGGGUGUCACUUUUCCUCCCGGGACCAAAGAAACCUUAGAAGAUGCUUGAAAGAAACUUUUUCCCCAAGUGUUGUGAGGUCUGGUCAGGACUGUGUACCGCUGGACACGUUCUGUGGACGUUUGAGAUGGCCACCCCAAGGGAUCUAUUUGGUCCUCAGUCACAUGGGUCACGUUGAAGGAAAGCUUGCGUUGUCACCAUUAUACCACUGAGAUCAAGUGUUAGCAAAGUGUGGUUCAAAUUAAUUUACAUGACCAAGAGUUUUUCUCUUCCAAAAAGAUGAAUUACAUUGUAAAUAGUUUCUCAAAAUAUUUUUAACUGGAUCAGGAGCAUGGGGAGAGAAAGUUUCUCAGCUGCUAAGAAUUUCCCCACUGUUUACUUCUUUCACUUACAGUGGUAUUGCAAGUUGACAAAACUUGAGGUUUUAUUUGUAUCUAUUACCCAAGCCAUUAAGUUGACUAUAAUUUCAUCAUCAUCAUGGAAGUCCAGUGCAUAAAGGACUGAUAGGGGGAAGCUCCCUACAACCAGUCAGCACCCAGGGUUAAAACCGUCCAUCAAAUAUUGUGUGAAGUCAGACCUUUGUAUUCUUCCAGACCAAACAUUGAAAUGGACUCAUUCAUAUAAAAUUCUAUACAUCCUAUAAGUGAAAAGAGAGACUGCUGUCAGCAGUUGCUUUUUAAAAGGUCACAAUAAUAAGUAUUAAUUUAUAGCAAGAAAUCAGAGCUUGUGAACUGUAUAUAAAACACUGUUUUAUGGUGCAAUCAUUUGUCAAACUUUUGUCUGUUACAUUGUUUUUAGAGUGUGUAGUCUCAUACCUAAGAACACACUGUAAAAUCUGCUGAAACUAGUUAUAGGUUUUAUUUGCACAGGACUUACUUAGUUUGAAAUUUUUGGAAGCUCCUAUUAAAUAUGCCUAAACAUCUGUAAAUGUGGAAAGCCUUCCUUUCAUUAAAAGCAACAUUUCGGUUUGAUUCUUCCCAA